UAUUGGCUAAGAGCAGACAUGGAGGAGUUGAGCGCUGUGGGGGAACAGGUUUUUGACGCCGAGUGCAUCCUCAAUAAACGUCUGAGGAAGGGAAAGUUGGAGUAUCUUGUGAAGUGGCGAGGAUGGUCCUCCAAACACAACAGUUGGGAACCUCAGGAGAACCUCUUGGACCCGAGGCUAUUGGCUGCCUUCCACAAGAGGGAACAGGAAAAGGAAAUUCUAUUCCGCAAGAGAGGGAAAAGACCCAGAGGGAGACCACGGAAAAUUCCGGAAGCCAUUCCAGCAGCAACAAAGAUGAGCAGCUCCUCGUCCUCCUCAUCAUCGAUGUCCUCGUCUGGCUCCUCCUCGUCCUCCUCUUCCUCGUCCUCCUCCUCCUCCGAGGAAGAGGAGGAGGAAGGGGACGCGGAGCGGAAGGCCAAGCCGGGCCCCCGGCCGCGUGAGCUGCACCCCGUCCCGCAGAAGAAGGCCCAGAUCGUGGUGGCCAAGCAGGAGCCCGUGAGGAAGAAGAGGGGGAGGAAGGCCCUCCCGCCGGAGCUGAAGGCGCUCCGGCAGGCCAAGGGCCCCCGGAAGCUCCUGAAGCCGGCCCCCAAAGAGCCCCCGGCGGCGGAGCCCAAGGCGGGCGUGAAGAAGCCGCUCCAGCCGGCCAGCUUCACCUACACCGGGCUGGGCCGCAGCGCCGGGCGGGACGGGCUGGCGGCCCCCAGCAGGGGCUCCUUCUCCCUGGGGGGCGCCAUUCGGGGGUCUCUGGGCGCCCCUGGCUCCGGCCGGCCCGCGCAGGGCAGGGGGGCCCCGGAUUUUAAACUGUCCGUCUCCGACGUGGGCGGGGGCCUCGACCUCAAAAUGGCCGCCACCAAAUCCCCCGGCGUGGCGGCGCUCAAUCUGCACAAUGCCAAAGCGGCCCCCGGGGGCGGCGCCGCGCAGGGGCCGGCCCCACCCGGGGGCCCCGCCAACGGGGGCCAGAGGCGGCCGGAGCCCCAGGGACAGGGGGCCGCGGGGGGGAAGCCCACGGCGACGCCCCUCUCGCCGGGGAAAGGCUGCUCCAACCAGGCCCUCAGCCUCCAGGCGCUCAACCUCCAGAGCGUGCCCAAGCCCCCGGGAGGCCUGGGGGCCCCCGGCCCCCCCGCCGCCUCCCCCCCGGGGGGGUCCAGCCUGCGGAGCGCCUCUGCUCUGGGACGCAAGGGCGCCGCGGCGGCCCCUCGACAGGGCGCCCAGAAACCGGCGGCCCCCGGGGGCCCGCAGGCCCGGAAAGGCCCCUCGGGCGGGGAGCGGGGGCCCGAGGACGGGGAGCUGGGGGCCGGGGAGCGGCAGGGCAAGGGCCCGGGCGGGAGGGCGGAGAGGAACGGGGGCCAGAGCAACGGGGCCCCCCCCUCGGAGGGCCGGGAGAGGGAGAGGGAGAGGGCGGCCCCCAAGGACGGCGGGAAGCAGGGCAUGAGCGCGGGCGAGGAGGGCUCCAGCUCGGAUUCGGACCGCGACUCUCCCUCCCCGGCCGGCGGCCGCGGCGACCUCACGGCGCCCCCGCAGGACUGGAGGCCCCCGCGCAGCCUGAUCGAGCACGUCUUCGUCACGGACGUCACCGCCAACCUCGUCACCGUCACCGUGAAGGAGUCGCCCACCAGCGUGGGCUUCUUCAACGUCCGCCAUUACUGAGCGCGCGGGCGGUGUGGACCGGGCCGGACCGGGACGGGGGGGGGGGGAGAGAGCCCUUAACGGGGCAGAUAAGCUGGUUUUCAGGGUCAAGCCGAGUGGAGGGUUUGGGCAGCGGUGCUAUUUUCUCUACAGAGUCACUCUCUGGUCUGUACACUCCCCCCCUCAGACUCAUCUCAAAAGACUCCUCUUCCUCCUCCUCCUCUUCUUCUUUCUUUGUGUGCUUACGGAACAGAACGGAGCUGCAGAUUUUACUCUCUCAUGGGUUUUUUUGGGGGGUUUUUUUUAAUCGGGCGGCGCAGGGAUGGGUUUCGUGCGCAGCAGUGUUAGCGCAGGAGAAGGUGAAUCUCCCGCAGAACUGUCACUGCUGUUGUGAGGUCAGGUAGCUGAAGGCGGAAGGGACAGAUCGGCGCGAUUAUGCAGAUGGUUUAUCUGUCGUUCGUCCCGUAUUCAGUUUUCGCGUGGUUUAUCCCAAAGGCUUUUUGGCAAGUUUCCCAGAAUGACGUUACAGAUUUUCAGAUAGUAGCUCAGUUAGACGUCUGCUGAGAUCACGUCUCCGCGGUCCGGUUUCUUACGGUGCGCGGAGGGGAAAAUCUGAAACGCUGCAGGACCCCAAAGAAUAUCCCGGAAUAUUUUCUUUCAUUGGUGCACAGUAUUUAAAAAAAAAAAAAAAAAAAAAAAAAAAACUCCUCACAACUUUUGUAAGUAUCAGAACAAUAGCUCCAGCUGCAUAAUGUGAAAAACUGCUUUCUGUCUCAGUUACCGGAUGAAACCUAAAUUUGGUAUUAAUUUGGUAACGCUGAUCAUCUUUCAUCUUAAUUUAUUAAUUGGUUCGUCUGAAAAACGACACCAGUGCGGGUUACAGAAUUAUGCAUACAUCUGGAUUUCCACAUCUUCUGCCUGCUUACAGUAACACUGGUCAUAGCCAUACUAAAUAUGAGGGUUACAGUCAGUGCCUUAGGUAAAUUCUCAUCUUCAUGUUGCGUUUACUCGUUAGUGACAGUAUUCGCAGGCUGGCUCGUUGCGUUUUCCUCUGGUUUACACCUGAAGGCGCUCGAUGCUUUUACCCUGCGGACCGAGAGGCCUGUUUCUGUGGAAGAGCGCUCGGUUUCAGGAAACCAAGCUCGUGAUGUAAGUGAAACCAUUGUGAUUUUUCUGGUCUGCUUUUUUUUUUUUUUUCUCCAUUUUGGCCACAGCGUAUUUCAUGUGGUUAGCACAGCAGCUCAACUUUUCGUGGGGUCAACUUUUAAAUCUGCCUCCUGCCCAAGAUAAACCCAUGCCUUUAAUAUUGAAGAUGUUUCCAGUGUUUUGUGAAAUGAUUUUGUGCCAUUUUAUACAAUGUAUGAUUUUUACUAUGA